AUGUCCCGACAUCCUCAAAUCACUCCAUACAAAUCAUCAGAGGACUUUCAACAACUCAAACAAUGGUUCUAUAGCCCAGAUCCGUCUCUUAGGGAAAGGGCUGUUCAGAAAGUCACCGCAUACAGCACCAAAGGUAACCUUCCGCACUCUAUGGAGGCUACUAUGCUGCUGACAAGUUCCUGUUUGCUGGACGAACGGCUCACUUCUAUGCGGUCUGACCUGACGCCCGUGAAGCUGAGCUUCACCAUGUCGCUGAUCAAGUUCUGUAACGGGCUGUUGGACCCGAUCCAGAAGUCCACUUAUGCUAUCAGUUUAAACCGACUAGCGGAGAUUCUGCAGUUACCAACGUACUUUGUGGAAAUCCGACACGCUGGAACACAUGAGACGCUGCCGUCGCUGGAGAUGCUACGAUUUGGUGCCCAGAAUGCUCUCGAAUGGCUUGAAAUCAACUACUGGAACGAGGUGCUCCAGAGCACAACAACCACACCCCCAGUAGACGAAACCGAAACCGAAACUACCGGUUUGGCGGAAAGUUUCAAGACUCUGCGCAAGAUCAGAAAGGAGGAUAUCUACAAGGUGUACAAGUUCGGCGACUCCACAGAGACAGGCACAAAGUACUGGAAGUCGAUGAAGGUGCUCAAAAACGCAAAACAGGACGUUCUGGUGAAGUUCUUGGUGUUCCAGAACACUUUAAUUCUGAAAACAGAGCUCACAGAGAAGAAAGUGAACGGGAUCCGGUUUCUGUACAAGCCCAUACUGGAGGAGUUGGGCUAUGACUUGAUUUUGGAGCUGUUCAAUGUGCUGCUUUCUGUGGAGUCACAGGAAGAGAUUUUCCAAGCCCAGCGGGUCCAAUGGCUAGAGUAUUUCCUGUCCAACCAGCUCACGUUCAGCCAGAACUCCAUCUACUCUAAGUUCCUCAACACGCAAUCUGUCGGAGUCAUUUUCUCGCUUUUAACGAAGACCCCCGCAGACUACACGCCCAAACUUCUGAAAGUGCUGCUGCAACAUCGCCAGCUGCUUGACCAGACGUUUCUUACCAAUAAAGUGCUCGAACAGAUCGAAUUCAUUACCUCAUUUAAUUUACCAGACCUCCCGCUCCAGCCAGAACGCAAAAAGCAGAAGAUCGCGCAGAUCUAUCUUUUCCAGCCCCACGAAACGUGGGAACCAACUCCGUUUGGCCAGCUCUAA